GUUGGCCGCGUACGGUGAACACGUCUUUUGAUUUCUCCGCAAAACGCGUGUACUAUAAAAUAAUUAUCGUUUACUUUCGGUGCUCACGUGUCUUAAUGCAAGCGACCAAUGUGGGUGGAGGCGGUGGUCACGAUGACGGGUCUAGGGUGCGCCUCUUGAAGAUACCACGUGCGGCGCCACAAAUCGAAGAGUACGGAUUCCGAUUGACGCGCAGCAAGUGGGAUCCAUAUCCAUGGGUAUCUGAAGUGGCCGCGGGCACACCUGCCUCGUUGUGUGGCCUCAAGACCGGCGAUUGCAUUCUAAAGGUAAAUGGCGUGGAUAUAGUUGGCAUGCGCAUAGCGGAUGUUGCCCAAAUAGUUAAAAGCCAAAAAGAUGCUGUCACCUUUCUGUGCUGGAACAGCGACUGCGAAACCGACUGUGAUGAAAACAGCAUCUGCUGUGUUCCUAUGCCCACCAGCUUAAAGCGUCUGGGUGUUAUCGUAGAGAGCAUUCUGCGGGUUAUUGAAUGUCCCGUGUGCAACGUAACCAUAACUCCCCCGGUUAUGCAGUGUCAGAAUGGACAUUUGCUUUGUCUCGACUGUCGCAUACGCUCGGAGAAGUGCCCAAUGUGUCGGGGCUUCUUCACGCCCAUUCGCUCUGGUGUCGCCGAGGAGAUAUACUCGAUUAUCGCCGGCGCUUUUGAGCAUUGCCAACGGGAUGGCAAACUACGACACCAGAUAUUCGGUGAAAUGAGUUUAAUUAAAACUAAACCCAAUAGUGAAGACUGCAUCUGUCGGGAGUCAUUGAAGCAACGAAAAUCCUUGCUACCGAAAAAUAAAAUUCUCAGCAAACUAUUGCAGGCGAAAGCUGGCUCAUUGGAGAAUCUUUUUCAAUGCAAUGCGGCCAAGCUGCUGCGUGCUGAGGCAACCGAGAGCUUUAAUGUGAUGCCAUUGGAAGAAGGAUGCAAUGAAAAGGGACUUGAGCCAAGAUUAACGAGGACAUCAAUGCUAAAAUGCACAAAUGACUUACAGCAGCAGCAGCAGGAGGAGCAGGCGGCGUCAGAUGAAAGGAAUGCCAAACUGCAAGCAGACACGAAUAGGGACAGCAACCACAAUUGCAAUGAGGCUGACAGUUUGGGCCAACAAGACAUUGUUCAGCGUGGAGCAGACAUGCCUCUUGUUGGCGGACAAAACACGGUCAUGGCUGCAAAUGCCCCGUCAGUUGUCAAUGAGUUAUGGACCGACCCACCUGUCAAGACACAAUCGAAGUCCUUUGCUUUUGCCUGCCCCACUCGAACUUCUUCUUCGGCCAGUGGCGCACGUAUCGCAAGCUGAGCACUAUACAAACGUUGUGGAUUUACAAAUAAAUUCACUAAAUUAAUUGAUCACGUGUUUGAACUUAGCAACGAAUCUCUUCACCCGGUUUUAAUCCCUCUUGUAAACGGUUAACCAACGACCAUGUGCAUUUGCCAAAUGCAAAUGCUUCAAACAACCAAAUUCAGUGCCAAAGACAGAGAGAGAGAGAGAGAUUCGAAGAAAUCAGUUUUCUGCUUUCCGCUUUACUUUGAGCAAUCGCGUUCUAACCAACUUAAUCAGCUUUCGAGCACUUAUCAGUUUUACGCUUUGGACUUGUGUCCUUCAGUUUUUCUUGUACUAAUUAAAUUAGAUUCAAGUUGCUUUGGCAAAAGUUUCUUAUCGUCAAGCCCGUCAAACAAACGCCCUGGAACACGACGAUUGCUCCAACUCCUGCAAUUCAACUCAACUCAACUCAACCAAUGGUCCAAGCUGACAAAGUGCAUAAAAGCAAAUGCUCUUCUCUCCUCUUCACUGUAAUCGACGAUUCUCACAGUUCUCUCUCUCUCUCUCGCUUCCAUUCUGUUUUCCCGUUGUCUGUCGCUUCACUGCGAGGUUGCUUUUGCUGCAGUUUGACUUGAGUCAAGUGAAUAUAUUCAUUUGUGAACGCUUGAAUGACUUUUUUGUUGUUUCGAGUGUCCCAUUCAUGAAUGCAAUGCAGUUUCAUUAAUAAUAACCAUGAUAAACUAAGUUCAUUGAGGCAAGUAGUCGAACUCUGGUCCCUGGCUUCUUUGUGGAGGUUUCAUUGAUAUUGCUGAGGUUCGAGAGAUAGAUGCAUCGAUUCGUUAUAGAAGAAUUGAUAAAUAAAUGAUUGAUGCUGCCUUUAAUCAUUGACGAGCUUCAGUUACAGAUAUUAUGAGGCCUCAGAAUGUACGUAUGCUAGACU